GAUCAGUGCGCGAGAGUGCGUCGUCGAGCGAGGAAGCCAAAAUCCAAGAAGAAAAAACAUUCGGUCGGAAAAAGCGAUCGAAGCCAACGGGAACUGCUGAGUGCUGAGUGUGUGUGUGUAGCCAAGUGAAAGUAUACAGCAGCUGCAUACGAGAGGCAAGGAGAUAUGACAGACGUGCCGGAACCUGUGCGCAAGUGCGCCAAUCUGCUGAAGGGCACGCGAAGCGAUACUGAAAAGUUCGCGGCUCUGUUCAUGGUCACGAAGCUUAUGAAGGGCAAGGACUGCAACACGGCGGGCAAGAAGCUGCUCUUUGAGGCCAUUGGAUUCCCCUUUCUGCGCAAACUGCUCGUCUCCAAGGACUUGCCCAACGAUUGCCCGCCUCUGGUGUACAAGAGCGUCGCCCUCUCGAUUCUCACGGGCUUCUGCCAGGAGGAGGAGUUGGCCACCCACAAGGACAUCAUCGAUGCCAUACCCACGUUGCUGGAGAUCGUCGAACAGGCCGACGACGAGGACUACGAGGACAAUCUGAUUGUGGUCAGCGAGGCAUACAGUUGCCUCAAGAGUAUUGCGAGCUAUGAGCCUGGUCAGCAGGCACUUUUGGAGACGGGAGCCAUUCCCAAAAUGUCGCAGAUCUAUUCGGCACAGAGUUUCCAGACCGACGAGGCUCUGCACUUGAUUGUGCUGCUCGUGAACAAGUUCGGUGUUGUGUCCUGGCCCGAGGAUCCCACAGCCUUCCAUGCGCUCAUCCAGCGCAUCGCUCUCGACAUGGAGACGGAUCACACGGAACGCAAGUACGAGCUGUGUCGCAUUCUUGCAGACAUUCUGAUCACCUGCCGUCGCGAGAUUGUGGUGAACUCACUCGAGGGUCAGAUCUGGCCAGAGAGUCUGUUCAAGGGCUGCGGGGACAUAUUGAAGGCAAAGAUUGGACCCAAGCAGCGGGAUCCCGCACUUCACUUGAUUGCCACGACCCUUCAGGUGCUGGGCAUUCAGUGGGCCUUCAUGGAUGAUCAGAAGCAAUUUUUCCUCAUGCUGCUGCAGUUGGCCGCCAUUGAGGUGCGCAUGCAGAUGGACGAGAAGAAGCUGGAGACGACGUUCAAGCAGGCGGAGCUGCUCACCUGCUGCUUCGUCAUUCUGGAGCAGUGCAUCGAGUACAUGGCUACCGAUCAGCUGGAUCUCGAGCCCAAAGAGAAGCAGACCACCUACACGGCCCUCAAGGGCGCUUUCAACCAGGUGAUGGCAGUGUUGACCCGAGUCAGCCAGGACAAGAUUCGCGAGAAUGGCAAUCCACGUGACAAGGCCUUCAUUGUGGCAACGGUGCGCAUAUUGUCUGCCUGGUUGGCCCAGGAGACAACUGCCAUGCGUCCAGCGAUCUACAAGCUAUUACCCUUCAUGCUCAAGAUUGCCAAUGAGAGCUUCCACGAUCUGAAGACCUGGCGCGCAGGUCCCAGAGAGGGAACCCCGCCAGUCGAUAUUCUGCGGGUCAUGAUGCCAGCAUUGUGCCACUUCGCUGUUGAGGAUGAGGCCAGACGUGUGCUCUUUACCCACAAGCAGGACGAGGUGCUGCUGGAGGCCAUCGAGCUGUACUUCAGCAUUGCCCACUGGAAGCGUCCGCCCAUUCCACGUGCGGAGCGACUGAAGCGCAUGAACGAACCCGACCCGGUGCCAACACCCGAGCAACAGGCUCAGAUGAAGGAGGCUCGUGGUGCAAUUGUUGCUCUGUGCAACAUUCUGAUGAACUUCACUGUGCUGGAGCCGAAGCGUGCUGAGGAUGCACCCACUUUCGCUAAUCUGCUGAAGUUUGUGGUGGAGAAUCUGCCCGAGCUCAAGGAUACACCCGAGAACCUGGUUAUUCAUGGCAACUUGGCUGUGCUUGGUCUACUGCUGCUUAAGCAGCAGUCCAAGAAGGUGAAGCAGAAUGACUUCUCCAUCUGCCGCUACAUUCAGGCCACCAUUCGAUUCCUUUGGGAUGCCUACAACAUCGAUGAGAGCAACGAUCCCACCGCCCUGGUCGUGUCCAUCGCCUACAAGGGUGUCUGGUCGGAUGUCUCGGAACUGUGGUUCCUCGGCAUGCAGACGAUGUGUGGGGUUCUGCCUCUGGUGCCGUGGCUCUCGGAGUUCGCCCUCGAGUCUGGCUGGGCAGAGGGCAUUGUGAAGACACUGAAGAAGGUGAAAAUCGGCACAUUGCCCGCGAAUGUUAAGUCUGCCUACGAGGACUUCCUCUCACAGCUGGUCGAUGUCAAUGCUGAUGUUGUUGCCGUGCUGAAGAAGGCCGAUGCCUUGCGUGUCUGCCGCAAUCAUCGGAUGAUGGAUCUGGGCAAGAAACUGUUUGGAGACUAAAUAAUUAAUAUUCAGUAGACUCUCGAAACUAACAUAUUUUUGUAUGAGCUUUGUUUUAAAUCGGUGUAUUCUUUCUCAAUCUCUCUCUUUCGUUCUGUGGGCAUUUUGUGUGUGAUUUACUUUUGAUAUGAAAAUGAGAAAAAACAUGCUAGAGAAUUUUCUUUUGCUAUCCGAAAUGGAAUUAUUUUAUAUGCACUUUUAUGCUUAUUCUCUAUCUUAAUAAUUAAACAACUUUUAGACGAAAAUAAAUACAAAUUUAAUA